AUGCCAAAGGUCAGAGUCUUCUUCGUUGACUGCCACCCGAAACGCCCGCAAAGAGACCGUGGGCUGGACGACGCCGAGCGCAGGGCCCAUGCUGCCCGCGAGACACACAGGAAAAAGGAGGCUCAACGGGACAGACUCCAGUCGCGCCAUGUCACGUCUCCAACCAGUCAGUCGAUCCUAUCUAGGACCGAUCCUUUCGGGUCUGCAUCUGUCAAAAUUGACAAUGCCGUAGCUGGUUUACUUCACUACUACGUCUAUUUUUACCAUCCCGCCCUGUGGCCCAACGAAAUGACCGUCCUUCGGCAGGGGGUGUACACGUUCAAAAGCGCUGUCGACUGCAUCAUGCGCACGGUCGUCGAGGACAGACUCACCAUGUACUGUCUCUUAAGCGCCGCUGCGUGCCGACUCCAGUUCAUUGAUCGCCUUCCUUGCACGCUGGUGGUCGGGAAGGACGGCCACUAUAUGCGCAACGCGCUCCAGCUGCUGCGCUCUCGGAUCGACACGCGGUCUUUCCAGACAUCGGAGCAGCUGAGGCAGCUACUGAUCUGCAUCAUGUUCUUGACCUCAGCCGAGUGCUACCGCGACGACGUUUCCGCGGCCAAAACACACCUGCAGGCUGCGGUCGGCCUCCUUGAACGAAACGGCGGGCUCAUGGCCAUCCAGGAUGAAAAUUUGCGGGGCCAGCUCGCGAUGGCUGAUCUGUAUCUCGCCUGCGUCAAGCUCAGACCUUGUCUUUUUGCGUGGGACUACGACCCAGGUCCGGCCAGUAUUCUUGGACUGAAAGAACACGAGUUGUCUCCUGCCCAGUCUGAGAGCAGAGCAAUUUCUCUGUUUAAUAGAGACACGUCGAUAGUACCCGUGGAGCUGAGAGCUGUGGUCGAGCAGUUGGUCGAGUCGUACGGCGUCAAGAGUCGCCUACUGACCUCCUCCAUGUCGGCAGCACGAGCUCUCCAGGUCACCCACUGGAUCACGACCCGAAACAUGGCCAUUAGAAACAAGAUGCUGGCACUCACCACGCGCGACCCUCGAAUCCACGCUCUCAGGACAGCGAUCAUCAUGUGGACCCUGCUAGCGAUGAACGUGACGGGCCGCGCAAAGACCGUCAAGGUCAUGGCGCCCAUGUUGAAGGAGAUCCUGGCGCAAACCCAAACAACACCCGACGGCUGGGUUGGCAGCGAGGACAUUAGGCUGUGGAUUCUGGUCGUUGGGUUCUCCUGCGCCGCCGAGGGGAGCGACGUCGCCGAGUGGUUUGCGGAGCAAUGCUCCUUCGCCUCAAGCUGGUGUCUGGGCUCGACAGAGCCAACGCUGUGCUGGAACGACGAUGACGACGACGAUAGCCUCCUCGCAGAGAGACUCGAGACCUUCCAGUGCCGAGGCUUCUUCUUCGACGUGCUUGUGCAGAGGCCUCGGACGAGGAGACUUGCCCAGGCGAUCAGCGCUAGCUGUUGGAUUGACUGCUCGAGCUGA